UUAAGAUCGACCGACUAGAGCUUAAAGCGAGGGAGAAGAGCUAAUAUUUAUAUGUAUAUUUUCAUUCACUUUGAUUGAUGAUUUAUUUGACAGCCUGCAAAGUGUUAUUUCAUAGCUUUUUCUUCGUUGCAGUGGCUACUUUUUCGGGUGAUUUUUUUUUUUUUUAACGCGUGUGCGUUGUUAACAAACCGUUUCUUAAAUAGAUGUGCUCAUUUUACGCAGUUGUUUUCUAUCAAAUAAAUAUAUCAGUUAGUUAUUGUAUACUAAACAUUUAAGUGUCAAGUAUAAAACUAUUCUCACAACAAAAUGGCUGAUGUGAUUGAGAAGGUAAACGCUGCUGAGUGCGAAGAAAUCGCAGAGCUUGAGCAAAACAAAAGCCAAAUUGAAAAACGGCCAACGGAGUAUCCCAAAUCGGUGGCAUUCAUUAUCAGCAAUGAGUUCUGUGAACGCUUCAAUUACUAUGGAUUGCGAACGAUUCUCGUGCUGUACCUCACCACAAAAUUGCACUACGACAAGGAUACGGCGACUGUGCUCUUCCACAUAUUCUCCAUGUUGGUGUAUUUGUUUCCGAUAGUUGGCGCCAUUAUCGCCGACAGCUGGUUGGGGAAAUUCCGAACCAUUCUAUAUUUGUCUAUGGUGUAUGCCUUGGGUGGCGUGAUUGUGUCGCUGGGCGCUAUUCCAUUGCUGCACCUACCCGUGAAAGAAAUCACCAUACUCGGUCUGACGUUGAUCGCGCUCGGCACCGGUGGAAUUAAGCCGUGCGUUUCAGCCUUCGGCGGCGAUCAAUUCCGCAUGCCCGAACAAGCGAAACAACUGGCCACCUUCUUUUCGCUUUUUUAUUUCGCCAUUAAUGCUGGAUCCACCAUCUCCACCACAAUCACACCCAUCCUGCGUGAGGAUGUGCACUGCUUCGGUGAUAAAAAUUGUUUUUCAUUGGCCUUCGGUGUGCCAGCUGUGCUGAUGUUGCUCUCCGUAGUGAUCUUUGUUGCUGGCCGGAAAUUGUAUGUUGUUAAGCCACCUGCUGGCAAUAUGAUAUUCGGCGUAUCGAAAUGCAUUUCCGAUGCCAUUGGCGGUUGGCGACGUGAGCGUCAGACGAACCCACGCAAGCACUGGCUGGAUUAUGCAGAGCCGACUUCGGGUCAAAAGAUGGUGGCCGACACCAAGGUUUUGCUGAAGAUUCUAGUGCUGUUUUUGCCAUUCCCCGUCUUUUGGGCACUUUUCGAUCAGCAGGGCUCACGUUGGACAUUCCAGGCGCAGCGUAUGGAUGGUGAAACAUUCGGUUAUGUAAUAAAGCCAGAUCAGAUGCAAGUUGUCAACCCAUUACUCAUUCUGGGCAUGAUUCCGCUGUUCACCUAUGUACUCUAUCCGAUAUUGGCAAAGCUGGGCAUUAAGCGACCAUUGCAAAAGCUCACACUUGGCGGUCUAUUGGCUGCCGUUGCUUUCCUGCUCUCUGCCUUCCUCGAAGUCAAACUGAAUGAGGUUGAUCCAAUGCCACCGGCGGCGCUCGAGGCUAAUUUGCGCAUCUACAAUGGUAUGCCUUGUGCCUAUCGCUUUGCCACAGAGCUACCGAAUCGUCCAAGUGUUGUUGAACCGCUUGGCCUGUGGGAGGGCAAGACGUUGUCCGUGGCACAGCCACUUCUUUAUCCAUUCAACGCAACGUCGGCAAGCGAUCGCUGCAAUAACUUUUCGGGCAUUUUCCGACUGACACCUGGCAAGGAGACGAGCUACUUUCUCUCUGGCGAAGGUAUGCAAGAGUUCGUAGACUCAUCGGCUAAGCCAAAGCUGGGUAAUCCAAUUGUACGCGUGCUAUUGAAUGUGCCGGACAAGGAGAGUGCCAUCACUUUAACCGACGCAGUAGAGACGGCAGUGCCAUUGGUCUUUCGCAAUGCCACCCAAGUGGUGAAUGUUGCAAAUGGUGAAAGCGAGUUGCAAGUGGCGAACAAGAAAAUCGCAAGCAUAAAUACGAAGGGUGGCGGUGUAUAUGCGCUGCUGGUGCAUGGCAAUGCCAGAGAUGGUUUUACCUCAAAAUCGCACAUCAUCACACCGCCCAAUAGCAUUCAUAUUAUGUGGCAACUACCGCAGAUCAUCGUCAUCACAGCAGCCGAAAUCAUGUUCUCCGUGACGGGUUUGGAAUUUUCAUAUACGCAGGCGCCACCGAGUAUGACGUCCGUCCUGCAGGCCUGCUGGCUACUGUCCGUCUCCAUCGGCAAUAUGUUGGUAGUUGUUAUUGCUGAACUGAAAUUCUUCGACUCACAGGCUGCCGAAUUUGCGCUUUUUGCCGCACUUAUGAUUGUCGACAUGUUCAUUUUCGUCUUACUCACUAUUCCAUACAAAUAUGUGGAGCACGGCGAGGAUCCUGAAGCUAAUCAAGUAGUGGUUACGCCCAAUAUCUCCAAGCAAAGAGAAGCCGAGCGAGAGACCUACAUCGGCAAUAGAGGAAAUGGGCACUUCAAUGAGGCUUACGAAGGAGAGCGUUAAACACAUAGACUGCAGCUAUAUUUAUUUUAUGUAUAUGUAUUUAAAUUUGAUAGGCUUGUUUUUUAAGUGUGUGGCAAAUUAUUAUACGCGUAGUUUUGUCGGCCAGCCAAGCAGCAGUAGUAACGCUGUGAUGUACUUAAGUAGGUUGUGGUUCGUUUAGCUCAGUCUAACUUAGGAUAAAUAUUUUAAGUUUUUAUUAUCUUUGUGCAUUUUGUAUAACUAUUGCGAUUGCCAUUUUGUUUGUACAUAAGUGUAUAUACAUACUUACCCAUAUAAAUAUUGAUUUUACCUUUAGCGUGUGUGCUAUUUUACAAUCUAUUUCAUAAAUAUCGUAUACUUAAGUACCCCGCAUACAUGUUUUAUAUAAUAAGUUUAUCUGUUAUAUGUUUUGGUUUUUAUAUUGUGGUCAAAAAAUUUAUUUUAUUUAUUUAUUUUUAAUAAUUUUCAUAUAAAAUACAGUUUGAUCCAUAACGGAAACCACAUAAAUAACAGUUUCAAAGUUUGCGCAAAUUUAACAUAAAUUAAUCAAACUUAAAAAAAAAUUACAUCAAAAUUUCAAAAUUGACACCCUUGACAAACACAAAAAAUCUAAAAAAUCAAUGGUAAUUUGUAGGGAUUUGAAACUUGCACUUUAAAAUUGGAUGGGCUACAAAUCCUUGCAUCCUUGAAAAUUUUCUAAAAAUUUAAAUUUUUGAUGCAAUUUUUCUUUAAGCUUGAUUAAUUUUUGUAAACAUUGUGCAAGCUUUGAAAUUUUUAUUUAUGUAGUUCCUGUUAUAGAUCGAACUAUAUUUAAAAUGAAAAUUAUUGAAAAUAAAUAAGUAAGUAUACAAGUUGCAAACAAUGUCAUUUUGAGUUUUGCUACUAUCGCAGCACAUGUUUGUGUGCAUAAAUAAUUUAACUUUGAUACUUUUAGUCAACA